AUGUUUUAUGACUUCAGGUUUCACUAUGUCUACAACCAGACUUAUGUACCCGCGGACAUUGGUGUUCAGACAACAAACUACUAUGUUAACCAAGAACCCAUCUUUCACGGUGAACAGGUACCUAAUUACAAUGGGACUCUGGCUUUCGUGUUCUACUUUGCCCGGGCACCAGCCUUCCAUGGUACCCAGGCACCUAACUCCAGCGGUUUUCAAGUACCGACCUACAACGAGACUCAAGUUCCAUCCCACAAUGGUACUCAAGCUCUUGCCUCCAAUAGCGCGCAAGCGCCCAUCUUUACAUGCGCACCUGGACCCACUCUCAAGGGUGUUCAGGUACCCACCUCCCACGGAUCUCACGUUCCCGCAUACAACGAUACCCCAGCAUGCACCAUCUACGGGUCCCGCAUGCCUAUCUACAAUUAUGCCCAAACAUACCCAAAUUCCUCGGUGCAAGCACCCACAACCUAUGGGGUCCCACCACCCCUCGUCCAUUGGGGGCAAACUUAUCCCUGGGGGGUCCAUCCGAUGAUGGUCCAGAGCAGGAGCAAGCUUUGUGGUCCUCUUAAACCCGAAUUUAGUGGAGGAGACCUCGAGGACCUACUCGUGUUCUUGAACGAGAUGGAGUGGAACCGCUUUCGGCAACUUUUAAUCCCGCGCUUUGACAACCAGGCCACACAAGGCCGUCUGUUAUCUGCCCUAUAUUCAUAG